AAGAGUUAAUUUAGUAAAGGCAGUUGGUGAUUAAUAUUGAUCUAAAUGGUGUUAAGGGAGCCUCAUAACUUCCAUAUUACUUUCCAAAUUGUAUUGUGCAAUCCAGUAUUAACUGACUUGCAUUUUCAAGUUUAUGUAUUCAUUUUCAUUUAAUUUCAAAGGCUAUGAGACAUAAAGAAAAAGAGACAAGGAAAAAGAUCCCUCAUCUACUUGUUCACUCCCCAAACUGCCACAACAGCUGGGGCUGGGCCAGCACAAAGCCAGGAGUCGGAAAUUCAACCCAGAUUUCUCACUUGGAUGGCAAGGACUCAAGUGCUAGAGCCAUCAUCUGCUGCCUCCCAGGUUGUGUAUACAGGUAUCCGGAAUCAGGAGCAGAGCUGGAACUCAAACCCAGGCACUCUGAUAUAGGAUGUGGGAGUCCGGAGCAGCUUCUUACCUGCUAUGCCAAACACUUGCUCCUCUGUGCCUUUCUUGAGAAUCAGGAGGCACAGGUGGAAGAACAUCUGCAGUUGUUUCUGGGGGAACAACUUAACAAAAGUACUAGUUAUGCACCAAGGACCCCUAAGUAAAUAAGACUGCUCUCUGUAUUCAAGGAGCUCAAAGGGAAAAUGAACACACAGUAAAGUAAAUCAAGGUCAAUGAGAUAAGAGAUGCAAUAGACAUAUGUUCAAGAUUUAAAACAGGACAGAGGCAGUGUGGUGGGGUCUUACCCGGGUGUGGGAUGAGCCCUGGCCCUUUGUCUACAGCAUGGAGAGAUGAUACAGUGACCCACCUCUGAAGAGGAUGCAGCUUCCCAGUAGUCACUCACUUUCUUUGCCUGAAGAAGCCUUUCUAGACCAUUUGGGAGCCUUGAUACAAAGAGUGUUUCCAAACUUGGAUCUCAAAAUAGCUAGCAUUCUUUCUUGACUUGAAUUAUGCUUGAGGAAUAAUCUCCCUUCUCCCAGCAGGACUGGACUUCAGUGGGCCUAAAAACUGAUUUAUGCAAGCAGUUCGCCUGAUCUGAUGCAGACUUGGUUAUAAACUUUCCAUUUUAGGAGUGGAAGUCUCUGACCAGACCCUUGUUGCAAAUAAGGGUUAACUUAUAACUUUGUAAAUCAAGCAGAAGUGUUCAGGUGACCUGCUGCCAUGACAAUGAAGAGGCCAGGCUAGAACACCAUAGCUCCAACACCUCGCUGGAGGCAGUAUCUUUUCUGCAUCAUUGGUUCACUUCCUCUGUGCUUCAGUUGUGAAAAUGUGGCCCCAGUAUUACCUGUUGACAUCGGCUUUUAAUUAUAGUAACAGUUCCACUUGGAAACACACUUGUGAUUUACUUUUCAUAGUGUGAUCAAUCCAUAGAUUCAAUGAAACCAUCAUAGUCAUUCGUAAUAGAGAAUACUGCAUAGGAGAAUGUAUCUGUUAAGGUACUCUGGUGCUGUUUUAAUUCUUUGGUGUAAUUUUUAAAGAUUAUUUAUUUGAGAGGUAGAGUUAUAGAGAGAUGGAAAGACAGAGAUAAAGUUCUUCCACCCUCUGGUUCACUCCCAAAAUGAUUGCAAUGGCUGCAGCUGAACCCAUCCAAAGGCAGGAGCUAGGAACUUCUGGGUCUCCGGUGCAGGGGUGCAGGGGCCCAAGCACUUGGGCCACCUUCUGCUGCUUUCCUAGGCAGCUGGAUCAGAAGAGGAGUAGCCAAGACACAAACCAGCGCCCAUAAGGGAUUCCAGUGCCUCUGGCGGAGGCUUAGCCUACUACACCACAGAGCUGGCCCUUUCUUUGAUAUAAUUUUUAUGUCACUUAGUUUGUGAAGCUUUCUAAAUGUUUAGCACAGACAUACAUACUUUUAAAUUUCAUUUAAAAAACACUCAUUUCAAACUAAUAGCAUAGUUAUUGCAUAAGAGGAAACUAAGCUUUUGUUCAUAAAUUUCACAAUAUUCCCUCCUUCUGAAAAUGUACUUUCUUCCAAUACGGUCUCCUAAAUGGAUGUUUUCCUUCAUGUGAUUAUUAGGAACCACAAAUAACAUAAAAUGCACUGACAGUUGCUUAUUAACGCCAAGAAACUACUCUGAAAGUCGUAAGCCUGUAUUCUUGCGGAGCGUGUAACAGGUGUUCCUCUCCCUGUGUCCUUUGUAUACACAUUCAUUCUGUAUUCAAAUCAGAGAAGCAAAGGCAGGGUAGGGUCUGUUGCCUCACUACUGAUUUCCCUAGCAAAUAAGCCAGCAGCUGCCAGUCCAAGAACCACGUUCUCACCAAGGACAAGGCGCUGCGUGCAUGGGACAGGAUGCUUUCAUGGAGCCCUUCAGCGGCAAGGUUGGCAGCGUUCAGUGCAAAAUAUUCCUCCUUCUCUUAGCAGGUGUUUGCUCAGGACUGAAGGUGACGGUGCCAUCACACACAGUCCAUGGCAUCAGGGGUCAGGCCCUCUACCUACCUGUGCACUACGGCUUCCACACUCCAGCUUCUGACAUUCAGAUCAUUUGGCUGUUCGAGAGACCCCACACGAUGCCCAAAUACUUGCUGGGCUCUGUGAAUAGAUCUGUGGUUCCCGACCUGGAAUACCAGCACAAGUUCACCAUGAUGCCACCCAACGCGUCUCUGCUCAUCAACCCACUGCAGUUCACGGAUGAAGGCAAUUACAUCGUGAAGGUCAACAUCCAGGGAAACGGAACUCUGUCUGCUAGUCAGAAGAUACAAGUCACCGUUGAUGAUCUCAUCACCAAGCCAGUGGUGCAGAUUCACCCUUCCUCUGGGGCCGUGGAGUAUGUGGGCAACGUGACCUUGACAUGCCAGGUGGCAGCUGGCACUCGCCUGGCUUACCACUGGCUGAAAAAUGGGAAGCCCGUGCGCACCAGCGCCACCUACUCCUUUUCUCUCCAAAACAACACCUUUCAUAUUGCUCCAGUGACCAAGGAAGACAUCGGGAAUUACAGUUGCCUGGUGGAGAAUCCCGUCAGUGAGAUGGAAAGUGACAUCGUUACACCAACCAUAUACUAUGGGCCUUACGGACUUCAAGUUAAUUCUGAUAAAGGGCUAAAAGUGGGAGAAGUGUUUACUGUUGACCUGGGAGAAGCCAUCCUAUUCGAUUGCUCUGCUGACUCCUAUCCCCCCAACACCUACUCCUGGAUCGGGAUGACUGACAACACAACGUAUUUUAUUAAGCAUGGGCCUCGCCUAGAAGUCGCAUCUGAGAAAGUAGCCCAGAAGACAACUGACUACGUUUGCUGUGCUUACAACAAUAUAACUGGAAGGCAAGACGAAACUCAUUUCACAGUUAUCAUCACUUCCAUGGGACUGGAGAGGUUUGCACAGAAAGAGAAAUCGUUGUCCCCAUUAGCAAGUAUAACUGGGAUCUCACUAUUUCUGAUUAUAUCCAUGUGUCUUCUUUUUCUAUGGAAAAAAUAUCAACCCUACAAAGUUAUAAAACAGAAGCUAGAAAGCAGGCCAGAAACGGAAUAUAAGAAAGCUCAAACAUUUUCAGGCCAUGAAGAUGCACUGGACGACUUCGGGAUAUAUGAGUUUGUUGCCUUUCCGGAUGCCUCUGGUGUUCCCAGGAUGCCAAGUAGGUCUGUCCGAGGCUCUGAGGGCGUAUCAGGGCAAGACUUGCACAGCACCAUUUAUGAAGUUAUUCAGCACAUCCCUGCCCAACAGCUAGAUCACCCUGAGUGAGCUGUCAUGGGCAAAGCAGUAUGCUGGAAUGAAAUACUGAAGGGAAAAUAGUGGAAAUUUGAGAAAAACAGUGGCAACAAAUAUCCAUCUGGAAUCAGUGAAGAAGUCAAGUCCACAUCUUCUUACUCAUCACUUCUUUGAAAUUCAGAGUAGAGACUUUUAUACAAGUGGGACUGCAGGUUUCCAGUCUGCAAAUACUGUCUUGUGCAACAGAGGAAUGUGAGACAUGCCCACUAGGAGGGAGAAAGCUCUACUCUACUUUCACUUUCAGAAACAUUGACACUCUCCUAUCUCAACCAUAUUUGUAAGCUUUUUUUCAGCAGACUUUGUUUUAUAACUCUCAUUCCUGGUAAGCUUUCCAAAUAUUUUUUCUUUUAUGAAUUUCUUUCUUGUUAUUUGUACCACAAAAUAAUGAUGGUUGUCACAAAAGUAAGACUAUGUCUUUUCCUUGAUUAUCAAUCACCAAUGGUAAUUGCAAAAAGACUCAUAAAUGCUUAAGGAAAUGAUGUAAGCUUUAUUUUUAUUUUUGUCCAAGAAAAGAUAACAAGUAAGUUAUUCUGUUUUUGCUUUUAUGUGACCUUGUUUGUUUUAGAGAAUAAAAUAUUACAUAAAAGUCAGAUCAUAGAAUUAGAUUUUUUAACCUUAUUUCCCAAUAUGCAACAAAGCAGAGAUAAAACUAUUAAAAUGAAAAUUUUGCUGCCUUGUGGCCUAUUAUUUUGAAUAGAAAAAGGAAGUUGAAGAAUAGAGUCUCUUUUUUUAAAUGUUUCAAGCAAACCACUGUAUUUGCACUGCCCCUCUCAGGUUUCCAUAGAAAGCACAAGGUGAAAAACAGAUUAAGUCAGAUAAUUUCUUUUUAGUCUUUUCUAUCACCGUUAUAUAUUUUUCUUCUGGAAAAGUCCUACCACACAGUUUGUCUUUCCAUUUUGCUGCUUUAUCUAAUUAGAAAAUGAAUCGAUGCUCAUUGUAAAAAUACAUGUAUACCUGGAAAUGCAGAUGACUUGCUGCUGUAAGAUAACCAAAAUCACUUGUAAUUUUACCUCUCUGAAAUAACCUGCUAACAUCCCCCCAGAGUGUUACCUAUAUGAGUAUUCACACUCCAUCCAGCUCAGGAAAGGAUUUAGGAUAGCUCAUAAAACGCAUAAUAUAACAAGAUAGACUAUGUCCAAAAAACCAGCUUGGUAAGAAAAACACGGUGAGGGAACGAGAGACACCGUGAAAGCACAAAUGAGGUGAAUAUCCAGUGAGGUGAAUUCCCCUUCAUUGUGGGUGUUGUUUUCCACCCCCGAGAUCAUGUGGCAAAUGCAAGUGAGCAUCCAUAUAGGAGCUUCUGAGCUGAAUGCAAUUUGUGACAGUGCCGGAGAAAUGCAGCAACCCCACUGCAGGGCUCGGAGCCAGCCGGUCCAUCUGUGCAAUUCUGCAGCCACCCCAGCUGCCCCCAGCCCUUCCCUGCUGCUGCGCUGGGCUGUCCUCUCUGCUCUCAGUGGGCACACCUCGCUGCAAUGAACUAGAGCUGCGUCUUGGACUUCCCUUCCUAAACCUAGCCCUAAAACACUAAUGCUCUAUCAUCAACAGCCUUUCUUGGAAAGGUAAUCACCACAGGAUUCACAAAUCAAAACCCUAUAAAAAGUGGACACCCAGGUGAUGUGCUUAUGAGGUUUGGGUUUUGAUUUGGGGUUUGGCUGUUUGUGUAUCCCCCAGACUUUCUCACUACAAACCACAAGAAAUAUAAAUAUGGAUUGUUUUUUUCAAAUUCACUUUUCAAUUGCUUCUCACUCUUCUUAUUUCUGUAUCUCUCUCACACACACAUACACACAAAUACAGACUGCCUUAAUGCAUGGUUCCACUCAGAAGGCAAGGAGUCGCUGAAGGGGAAAAUGUGAAAGGACCUAGAAUCCAAUUAACUUUGGCCAUCAUUGGUGUGAGCACUGGGUGACUCACUGCUUUUUAAGUAAAUUAGGAUGAAAUCUCAUAAAUUAAUCAAGGUCUCCAAAAGAAGUGAUGAACCAAAACUCAGAUGUUCACCUAAUUAAUAAAUUAAUCUUUAAAAACUGGCCUAGAGUUCUUUGCUUAUUACUAAAUGCAAUCUUAGCUAUUGCUGCUUCUUAACCUUAUGUUACCAUUUGUAACUAGGAAUAGAAUUGUAUUCCUAGUGCUUAUUAUUUUUAAGGACUAUGUCCUACAGACAGA